AUGCCAUGGCUCGUGCGACCUCGCGGCGCCUGGCUCACCCGCGUCUACUUUUCGCGGAUGCUCCACGGGCGCGGCGUGUGCCGGCUCGCACCACCGGCGGCCGUCGCGGCUCUGAUCGGCGGCUCUGGCGACGCGAUCUCGCAGCUCGUCAUCGAGGCGAGAGCAGAGGUAGACGCUCCGCGCCUGCUCACGUGCGCAUGCCUAGGCUCAGUGAUCGACGGCGCGAUCCUGCAGAGAUGGUACGCCAAGCUGCAGCGGCUGGAGCUCGGGCGUGGAGCCAGCGCGCUGCUCGGCAGGCUGCUACUCCACCACGCCGUGUUUGCCCCUGCCUUUGCGAUCCCCGCGUUCAUCGCUGCCACCAACUCGACCGGCGCGCGCGAUUCGAGGGCCGCGGCGCAAAAGCUGCGACGCGAGUGGCGCCCUGCCGCGCGGGACCACUUGCUCGUCGUCGGGCCCGGACAGCUGGCCAAUGCAUGCGGGCUGGUCUCCAAGUCGCACGCCGUCCUCUGGGCCAACUUGUGCCAGCUGCUGUGGGCGACGGCGCUGUCGUGGCGCAGCCACCGGCCCGAUAUUAGCCGAUAA